AUGAGUAGAGGUCAACAACACGCCCAAGCCGGGCCGAGCGAUGCUCGCCGCUCCCGGCAACAACCGCAGCAGGCGCAGCAGAAUUCCUCGGCAGCUCCGAGCUGGACAAUGCUGCUCUUUGGUGGUCGAUCUGCAUCCACAGCGUCACAGUCGUCGGCGCGCCCCCGCAGCGAUCGCUCCUUCCUCGGCUGGGGCAAGCCUAGCGGUUCCUCUUCCGGCAGACGCAGCGAGGAGCGCGAAUCGCUCAUCGGCGCCACCGCGUCGGAAGGCGAUGCAUUUGACGACUCGGAUGCUAUCUCCCUGCUCAGCAACAUCGCCGAUCGCGACUCGCGCCGCGGCGGAAGUGCAGCUGCGCGUCGCCGUGCCCGUGCGAGAGCGCGCGCCCAGGAUAGGACCUGCGGCACGGUGUGGUUUGACCUCGAGGACUGGGGCCGUGCUAUGUCUUGCGGGCUGCUCGGGAGGGGCAACAGGGACGCAAACGACUCCGGCCGGCAGCGCGCCGCUUCCAUCGGCAGCGUCAUGAGCCGCGGCGCGCGACGCAGCAACCACGCAUCUUCAUCGGGCUCGGUGGUCGCGACUUCGAGACAUUCCCGCUCGCUGAGCGACGCGAGCACCGACAGUGGCGCCAGUCUCAGCGGCCCAGGAUUCGCAGAGAGCAUCGAUGAGGAUGCCGGCAUGCUCGACGACCAGGACAUUGCGCGGUUCGGAAGGUCCGAAGGGGCGGGUACAUCCGACGAAGAGAGUCAGCGCGGGUCACCGGCUGAGGCGCAAACAAAAGCAGAGGCGGAAGCUGAGCUCAAGGCCAAAGCGGAAGCCGAGGCAAGGGCGCAAGCGGAAGCCGAAGAACAGGCCAAGGCAGAGCGACAAAAAGCGCUGGACGAAGAAGCGGCUCGGCUCAAGAAGGAGGCCGAGGAGGAAGCAGAGCGUCAGAAGCAGGAAGAGGCGCGCCUCGCCGCAGCCGAGGAGGCCGCCAUCGCCAAAGCGCGCCGCAAAGCCGAGCGCAAAGCCGCCAAAGCAGGACUGCUUAAACUUCAACAAGAGACGCACGCCGCCCAGCGAUGGCGCACCGAAGCCGAGGCAGAGGCGGCCGCGGGCGGAUUUAGCUUUGCCGAGUCUGAUGCGGAUCAGCGCAUGGCUGGAGGCGACGAGCCGCAGGCGUAUGCCGAGCAGCAGUACGGCUAUGAUGGCGGCUUCGAAGACGAGCGUGGCAUGCAUGAGGGCGAGUACGACCAGUACGGCGAUGCCGAGGAGCCCGAGGGCUAUUACACGGUGGAGGAGCGCGGGCCCGGUGGCGUGGUGCACCACCAUCACUACUACCAUGCGCCGCCCACUGGCUACACCGAGGGCGACCAGUAUAGCCUGUCGACCGAAUUUGCGCCUGCCGCGGGAGCUUUCAUCCCCGACGUUCCGGCCGCAGAGCCCGACGUCAGCCACGAGAAGCCGCAGUCGGAGGACGAAGCGGACAUCGCUGGACUUUCCUUUGGACGCAAGAAGGGGCCUCGUCGUGGCGACUCUGGCAGCGCAUCUGGCAGCCGUAGUGGCAGCGGUCUCACGCCUCGAGCUGUGCCCACUGCUGGCGGCUCGUCGUCGGGAGGCAGUGCCAACGGGCUGCGCGCACCUCUGUCCGCAUCCUCCUCGACCGGUCGACCUGGCUACCGCGACCGCCCGCGCCGCCACGAACGCACGUCCUCAAAAUCGUCCAACUCGUCCUCGGGCUUGCGCUCUUUCGCGUCCUCCGCCCUGCACGCGCCACCGUCGACUGCCGCAACAUCAGUAGCACCCGCCAUGGCACUGCCAAACUUGUACGAGUCCGAGCCCCUGUACGCGCCCGACGAAGGCGCGGGUGAUGUGCCAGCGGGGCGGUUCGGCAGCCCGCAUGUGGAUGCCAACGAGUUUGGCGUGAUCACGGCCGGCACCAACCGCGGAGGCGCUGGCAGGGUCAAGAAAGCCAACCGCGAACAGCGUCACAGCAAGCAUGAACCGGAUGCCGACUUUGACGGCUUUCCCGCGUUCUAG